AUGACCCACCCGCUCAGCCACCUAAUCAUCGUCUGCUGCCACGCCAUAUACAAGGGUGGCCCAACCCACGGCCUCUCCGAGGACGAAUGGGAAAUCGAACCCUUCCAAAAGGGCGAAACGCCCACGUUCACUGCACACGUCAAGGCGGGCCUCCAUCUCGCAGCCCAGGAUCCGGAGAGCCUGCUUGUGUUCUCGGGAGGUCCUACGAAGCCAACCCGCACGGCCCUAGCGGAAGGAGAAUCGUAUCUUAACCUGGCCCGCGCCAACAGCUACUACCAACUCGCCCCGACCAUCCACUCCGCCCGGGUCGUCGCCGAGAACCUCGCCACGGACUCUUACCAGAAUGUCCUGUUCUCACUGCUUCGGUUCCGUGCCGUGGCAGGCCGCUACCCGACGCGGGUGACGGUGGUGACGCAUGCGUUCAAGCGGGCGCGGUUCGCCGAGGUGCAUUUUCCGGCGGUCGGGCUGGGAGGCGUCGGAUCGAGGGUCGCGGUCGAGAUCGUGGGCAUCAAUCCGCCGGAGGAGGUGACGCCGUUGCGGGAGUUGGUGGCCGGGGAGGAGGAGAGGGGGAUUGGGUUGUGGAGGGGGGAUAGGUAUGGGGUUGGGCGGGUGUUGGGGGGGAAGAGGGUGGCGAGGGGGUGGACGGUGGGGAUGGAGGAGGGGGUUUUGGGGGUGGUCGAUGGGUUGGAGGGGGUGGUUGCGGCGUUGAUUCGGUGGAAGGGAGGGAGGACUGGGAAUGAGUGGUUCGAUAGGUUGGAGGAAUUGCCUUGGUACGGUUAG